AUGAUUGAAGACUUGAAGAAAGAUCUAAUGGAACAGCAAGCCUUGGAGUUACGUUCUGAAUGUGACGAAACAUCGGAUGAGGACCAUGAGCCUCCCAGGAAUUGGAGCAACCUGCCAGCUGUUGUUCAAAACUUAAGACACAUAACUGAGCAGCUUUCAUCGUUCUCAAAGUCUUCCUCUGCCGAAUCAACACCUGUGCGACUAGUGCGAUCUGAACACUUGCCUGUAUCCUCUCCUGCAUCUCCUCAAGAGGAGUCUGUUGACAUGGGUACGCUCGGUCGAGGUUUCCAUCUUUGA